AUGGGAAGAAGGAGAAGCCCGGCUCUGCCGCUGCUGCUGAUCUUUGGCGUCCUCGCCGUCGUCCUCGCGGCUCUUCCUCCCCUCGCCGAAUCCAGCAGCAGCCACCACCACCACCACGGCCAUGGCCACCACUCCCGCGUCCAAAGCAGAGGGCACGGAGGAGAGGGAGAGCAGUCGUCCUCGGCUGCGGCGGCGGCGAAGGCGAGGGGGAGCGCGUGGCCGUGCUGCGACAGCUGCGGCGGGUGCACCAAGUCGGACACGCCGCAGUGCCGGUGCAUGGACGCGGCGCCCGGCGGGUGCCACCCGGCGUGCCGGGACUGCGUCAAGUCCUCCCUCGCCGUGCACCCGCCCGUGUACCAGUGCAUGGACCGCGUCCCCAACUUCUGCCAGCGGCGCUGCAGCGCCAUCGCCGCCCACUGA